CGCGACACUCCGCGAAGUCAAGAAAACGUUAGACGCGACAGUCCGCGAUUUGACGCGAACCAAUAAACAAAGUGUUAAAAAAAAAGUUCGUGGAGUUUGACGGUUUGAACUUGUUCUUUUGUAAAAGGAUCAACAAUGUAAAUUUUCAAACAUAUGUGGAAAGUACGCGAGUUCAUCGACGGAUACCCCGUGCCUUGAGAAAGUUAGAAAAGAAAAGUGAAAUAGUGAUCUAUUUUUUGAAAUUUCUCAAAUAUUUUUAUGAUUAUAAGGACGCUUUCGUGGUAAAUUUCGAACUCAGCUGGUCAAUCUAUAUCGCAAGUGCAAUAUAUAUAAGAAGUGAAAGAAAAUCAUGGUUCCUAACCUCAACGGAGGUUAUUGAAUCCCUUUAAAAAUGUAAAGGGAGCUUGUGAAGCUGUUGGUCCAGCACAUUGCAAUUCUUCAUCAUUUGUGUGAGGAUAAACGAGGGCCACGUGGACGCGUUGGAAGUCCAGAAAAAUAUGAGCCAGUAUGUCCGAGAGCGGCGUGCAAGCAGCGUGCGAGGAGAACGAGAAGAAAGCGUCGCUUUACGUCUUUCCCUGUAUACCACCUUCACUUCCGGUGCGACCGAGUUCGGCGACGUCAACUCUAGGAGGAACAAUUACAUCUGGCAAAGGGAGAAGCGAAGACCACGCGGACGAAGACGACGACGAGGAAGGGAACAAAUGGAAAAAGAGAGUUGCACCAGGACUCAGGACCCAUACGAGGUCUGCCAGUCAUGGAGGAGUCCUGGCGACGACACCACCACCGCCUUGGCAAUCAACCGGUCUACCUUCAGGAUCAGCGUUCUCAACGCCAGGAGGUGCCACGGGGACGAUUGCGGGAAGACCCUCGGUGCUGAAGAAGCCGGGUCAUCAGCGGGCUUUCAGUCAAGGUCAAGUGGUCAAUGUCCAGGGUCAACUGGUCAUGGCCCACAAUCGAGUUGGAUCAAAAACCGAUUUUAUCUUGCCACCAGGUCAUCGAGAAGAUCCCCGACCUCCAAGCGGCGGGAAGGUUCCAUCUUUUCGAGGUCACUCGCGACAAGCCUCCAGAUCGGAAUCAAUUUACACAAUUCGACGUAGUGAAGCGCCUCCUUGGUGGAGGAGAAUUUGGGUACGAUGUUUUGGUUCGCCUCCAGAGGAACCAAGACUGAGGACAAUUGUUCCCAAUCAUUUGGUGUCACCAAAAACUCCGCCAAAUCGUCAUCCAAAUGGUGCUAGAAUCGAUAACAGGGUACGCACAACCAAGUAUACGACUUUGAGCUUCCUGCCACGUAAUUUAUUGGAGCAAUUUCAUCGUGUGGCAAAUCUAUAUUUCAUAUUUAUCGUAAUGCUAAAUUGGGUACCGGAAAUCAAUGCGUUCGGAAAGGAGAUUGCCAUGUUUCCUGUACUCUUUGUUCUUGGUGUCACAGCUGUGAAGGAUUUUUUCGAAGACAGAAGAAGACUGGCAAGUGAUAAACGAGUCAAUAAUUCCACCUGUCGAGUUUACGUGAGCGAUGGCGAUAGGUAUUUGAAGGUGCCAUGGAAAGACGUCAAGGUCGGUGACCUGGUUCACUUGUCGAAUAACGAAUUGGUUCCGGCUGAUCUCUUACUGCUGAGAAGCAGUGAUCCUCAGGGAUUCGCUUAUCUUGACACCUGCAAUUUAGAUGGUGAAACCAAUUUAAAACAACGGCAAGUGGUGAGGGGAUUCCUUGAUCUUCAGGACUCUUUUCAACCCUCCAAAUUUCAUUCUGUUAUCGAAGUCGAUAAACCGAGUACGAAAAUUUAUAGAUUUCAUGGAGCAGUAGUUCAUCCUAAAGGAGCCAGAGUGCCUGUUUCGACGGAAAAUCUUUUACUCAGGGAGUGUGUUUUAAAAAAUACAGAUUUCGUCGAGGGAAUUGUAGUUUAUGCUGGUCACGAGACUAAAGCGAUGCUCAACAAUGGGGGGCCUAGGUAUAAGCGUUCUCGUUUGGAGCGACAAAUGAAUAUAGAUAUAAUUUGGUGCGUGGUGAUUUUGGUUGUUUUGUGUGUCGUCGGUGCUGUUGGUUGUAGACUUUGGCUCACGGCGUACACGAACGUUGGACCCGUUCCGUUUUUGCCAGUUCUUCAAGAUCCUACUUAUGAGGGAAUGCUCACGUUUUGGACGUUUAUCAUCAUUCUUCAAGUGAUGAUACCCUUGAGUCUCUAUGUUACUUUAGAAAUGGCUAAAGUCGGUCAAGUUUAUCACAUCGGUCAAGAUCCUUUUCUUUAUGAUUCUGAAUCUGGUCGUAAAGCCGAGUGUCGAGCUUUAAACAUCACCGAAGAUCUCGGACAGGUUCAGUAUGUAUUUUCCGACAAAACUGGAACACUGACGGAAAAUAAGAUGCUGUUCAGAAGAUGUGCGGUAGGCGGACAGGAUUACGCUCACACUGGCGAGGGAGAGAAUCCGAUGCCGUGCACGAGAUUAAAGGAAGAUUUACUGAUAGGAAAUUGUAAGCAUCGCCUCCAGGAAUUCCUGGUUUUGAUGGCGGUUUGUAACACGGUCGUUGUAAAUAGUCAUCCUCAUCGAGACAUCAUGAACUCGAGCGGCGUUAUCGAAGAACCUCAAAAGAACGGUGGUAGUGCGAGGUACAUGAGACUUAACGAGUCAAGAAGUACAACUCCAGUUCCAAUUCAACAGUCAUCAGAGGAAUCAAGUUCAUCAUUAACGACAAAUUCACCCACGAUUCUUUCGACACCGCCAAAUCAUGGAAUUCCCCUUUCGACAAUUUCGUCAUCGACUGAAAUGCCAACAAAUAGUUCAUCAACAUUUCGUAGUCGCGUUCUCAGGCCGAGAUUAUUGAACAUAAGAUCAAUUCCAAAUUUAGGAAUGGAUCUUGUGAGAAAACUCUCGCCAAUGGGCUUAAGAUGUAAUCAAUCGAAUGCUGACGAUGGAACGAAAACAACAACGGAACCACCGCAAAUCUAUGAAGCUGAGAGUCCCGAUGAAUUAGCUUUAGUGCGUGCCGCUCGUGCCUAUAAUGUCAAACUUAUCAAAAGAACUUCCCGUAGCGCCGUUGUUUCUCUACCUGAUAAUUCUACUCUUGCCUUUGAAGUUCUACACGUUUUGCCAUUCGACUCGAGUAGAAAAUGCAUGUCGAUUGUGGUUAGACAUCCGAUUAGUGGUGAGAUUGUGCUUUAUAGUAAGGGCGCAGAUUCGACAGUAUUGCCAUCGUUGUCAUCAACAGAUGAGGAUACGAGUUCGAUGACAAAAAUUCGUCAACAAUUAAAUUCGUACGCGAGACAAGGUCUUCGGACACUUGUCAUGGCGCGAAGAACUCUCGGCGCUCAGGAAUUCGAGACCUGGCGACAAAGACACUUGGAAGCUGAAGUUUCGACUGAAAAUCGCGAUCGUCGUAUUCGCGAUUCUUAUUCAUUGCUUGAGUCACAUUUAACACUUCUCGGUGUCACUGGAAUUGAGGACAAACUCCAGGCAGGAGUUCCUGAAACAAUGGAGGCUCUUGUCUCCGCUGGAAUUGUCGUUUGGGUUCUAACCGGUGACAAGCCAGAGACGGCAGUGAAUAUCGCUUAUUCGGCGUGUUUAUUUACGCCGGCAAUGCAAUUGCUGAGACUUCAGGCGAGAUCGAAAUCCGUUGCUGAGAGUUUAAUUCACAGUCAUUUGGAGGCGAUUCAACGGGAAAAUGCCGCGAACGAUGGAAUACAGAGACAAAUGACUGAUUAUCACGGUACUGGGGAUGUGGCUUCUCACGAGCUCGAUUCCGCUGAUCGAGUAGCUUAUAGAAUUGGUAGCUCGUGGAAACGACAACGAGCUCUUGUCGUCGAUGGAAAAACAUUGACGUUCAUUCUCGAUCCACAAACCGGACUCACGACUCCAUUUCUCAAUUUGACGAGAGCUUGCUCCAGUGUUCUUGCAUGUCGUGCCACUCCUUUGCAAAAAGCUUACAUCGUUCGAGUUGUAAAGGAACAAUUAGGAAUGCGAACUCUAGCAAUUGGCGAUGGAGCGAACGAUGUGAGUAUGAUUCAAACGGCCGAUGUUGGAGUUGGAGUUUCUGGCCGAGAAGGAACUCAGGCAAUAAUGGCGGCGGAUUUUGCGAUCGCAAAAUUUUCCAUGUUAUCCAGACUUUUAUUGAUGCACGGCCACUGGUGUUACGAUCGUCUCUCGCGAAUGAUUCUUUACUUUUUCUACAAAAAUGCGACCUUUGUCUUCCUACUUUUCUGGUUUCAGUUGUAUUGUGGAUUCUCCGGAGCUGUGAUGAUUGAUCAAAUAUACUUGAUGUUGUUUAAUUUAUUAUUCACUUCAUUGUCGCCGCUUGCUUUGGGUGUUUAUGACAGAAUUGCACCGGGAAGAGUGCUUCUAGAAAAUCCGGAACUUUAUAAAAGAGGACGAUUGGCCCUCGUUUAUCAAACACAUUCAUUUUGGUUAACAAUGGCAGAUGCACUUUAUCAGAGCAUUGUCAUUUUCUUUUUAACCGAAGCUGCUUAUUAUGAUUCUGAUGUGGAUAUAUGGGAAUUUGGAACGACAAUUACUACCUCCUGUUUAUUAUCUAUGUUAAUUAAUGUGAGCAUUGAAACCAGAUCGUGGACUCUAAUGCACGUUGGAGCAAUUCUGGUAUCGCUGGGAUUAUUUUUUGGAUUUUGUAUCCUCUAUAACGCAAUUUGUGUUAAUUGUAUGGGUCUCCCGGGCUCUUAUUGGGUAAUGCAGAAAGCGAUAGCGAGGCAUAAUUACUGGCUCACAAUUCUUCUUGCUUCAGUUCUCGCCAUGUUACCCAGAUUAAUGUACAGAGCUGUGAGAGCAACAGUCGCACCAGACAUGAUUCAGCGGACAGUUCGUGAACGUGCAAUACCAAUUCGAGAAAGAAUUCAGGAACGAAGUGAUUCAGAUUUAGUUGCCGGCUGGUCACGUUCAACACAACACGCCACAAUCAGUGCUUGAUUGCAGGCCUGGAACGUACGAGUCCAGAAAUGACGUUUUAACAACGAUUGUUGCCUGACGUAGACAAUUUUUCAAGUUGAAAAUAUAGUAAAAAUAUUUUUAAGGGG